AUGGCACAUCCAUCACAAUUAGGAUUCCAAGACGCGGCCUCACCUGUUAUAGAAGAACUUCUCCACUUUCAUGACCACACACUAAUGAUUGUCUUCCUAAUCAGUACUUUAGUACUUUACAUUAUUGUGGCCAUAGUGUCAACUAAACUAACAAACAAAUACGUACUAGACUCCCAAGAAAUCGAAAUUGUGUGAACAGUACUCCCAGCAGUAAUCCUAAUUUUAAUCGCUCUACCCUCCCUCCGAAUUCUCUACCUAAUAGACGAAAUUAACGACCCUCACCUAACAAUCAAAGCUAUAGGACACCAAUGAUACUGAAGCUAUGAAUACACAGACUACGAAAACUUAGGCUUUGACUCCUAUAUAAUUCCCACACAAGACCUCACUCCCGGACAAUUCCGACUACUAGAGACAGACCACCGAAUAGUAGUACCCAUGGAGUCCCCAAUUCGAGUUUUAGUCUCUGCAGAAGAUGUGCUCCACGCCUGAGCAGUACCCGCCCUAGGCAUUAAAAUAGACGCAGUACCAGGACGCCUAAACCAAACAGCCUUUAUCACCUCACGACCAGGAGUUUAUUACGGUCAAUGCUCUGAAAUCUGCGGAGCCAAUCAUAGCUUCAUACCCAUCGUCGUUGAAGCAGUCCCCCUAGAGCACUUCGAAAACUGAUCUUCAUUAAUACUAGAAGAAUCUUCACCAAGA